AUGUCUUGGAAGCUCACCAAGAAGCUCAAGGAGACGCAUCUUGCGCCGCUUGCCAACACCUUCAGUCGCUCGUCCUCGACCUCCACCUCGACCAUUGUCGACCAGGCCAAGACGCCCACCGCCAGCAGCAGUGCCGCCUCGCUCGUGGACUCCAAAGACAACAAUGGCAUAGCCGCCUCAGAAGCGAAUGCCGCCCCGCCUGCACCACCUCUGCGCCCCGGUAUUCUCAUAGUUACCCUUCAUGAAGGCCAGAAGUUCUCGCUGCCCGCAGGUGCCGAGCAGGCUUUCAGCGGAGCUACCCAUCAUCAAGGCUCUCUGUCGCAAGGUGGUGGGCUAUCGGUAGCUGGUUCCAUGCGACCUGGCUCCUCAUCACGAAACCCCGCAGUGGGCUCCUACAGCGCUCGCCCACAAUCUGCUGCUGGCAGCAUCAACGCCGCGCCUACCAUCCACGGUCGAUACUCCUCGAAACACCUUCCAUAUGCCCUCGUCGACUUCGACAAGCAGCAAGUUUUCAUCAAUGCAGUCUCUGGUACUCCGGAAAACCCUCUCUGGGCCGGUGGUAACACACAGUACAAGUUCGAUGUGUCUCGAGUCACCGACCUGACGGUUUCCCUCUACAUUCGCAACCCUACCGCACCUCCCAACGCUGGCCGCAACGAGGAUAUUUUCAUUGGAACUCUGAAGAUUCACCCGCGAUUCGAAGAGCAACGGACGGAUGAGAAGGCGAAGAAGGACUCCAUAGGCCAGGCUGGUGCUGAAUGGGUGCCUGUGCAGUUCGGAAGCGGCUCCAUGAAGAUUGGCGUAAAUUUUGUGGAGAAUCGACAGGAUCGUCUCACUAUUGAUGAUUUUGAGCUUCUAAAGGUGGUUGGCAAGGGCAGUUUUGGCAAAGUCAUGCAAGUCCAGAAGAAAGACACACAUCGAAUCUACGCAUGUAAAACCAUCCGCAAAGCUCACAUCAUCUCUCGAUCCGAGGUCGCACAUACACUGGCAGAAAGAUCUGUCCUUGCGCAGAUCAACAAUCCUUUCAUUGUGCCACUGAAGUUCUCCUUCCAAUCACCAGAGAAGCUCUACCUAGUGCUGGCCUUUGUCAACGGCGGGGAGCUGUUCCAUCAUCUACAAAAGGAGCAACGAUUCGACAUCAACCGUGCUCGUUUCUAUGCUGCUGAGCUAUUAUGUGCUCUGGAGUGUCUACAUGGUUUCAACGUCAUUUACCGUGACCUGAAGCCAGAGAACAUUCUGCUUGACUACACCGGACAUAUUGCCCUCUGCGAUUUCGGUCUGUGUAAGCUGGACAUGAAGGAUGAGGACCGCACAAACACCUUCUGUGGAACACCCGAGUAUCUCGCCCCCGAGCUUCUUACUGGCGCCGGAUACACAAAGUCUGUUGACUGGUGGACAUUGGGUGUGCUCCUCUACGAGAUGUUGACGGGUCUACCACCCUUUUACGACGAGAACACCAACGACAUGUACCGCAAAAUUCUCACCGAACCAUUGCACUUCCCUGGCCCGGAGAUUGUCCCACCGGCUGCACGUGAUCUCUUGACUCGUCUUUUGGAUCGCAAUGCGGAGAAACGGUUGGGAGCAAAGGGUGCGGCCGAGAUUAAAGCACACUACUUCUUCCACAGCAUCGACUGGCGAAAGCUUCUCGAGAGGAAGUACGAGCCCAGCUUCAAGCCCAAUGUGGUUGAUGCUAAGGACACGGCCAACUUUGAUCGUGAAUUCACAUCUGAGGCGCCAACGGAUUCGUACGUGGAUGGGCCUAUGCUCUCACAGACGAUGCAAGCACAGUUCGCAGGAUGGUCAUACAAUCGCCCAGUUGCUGGUCUUGGAGAUGCCGGUGGAUCGGUCAAGGAUCCAUCAUUUGAGAAUGUAGCAGGAAGAUAG